CCCCUUUUUUCCAUUUUAGGUGUCGUGAAAACCACCGCUAAAUCAAAGCCAAAAUGGGAAAGGAAAAGACUCACAUCAACAUCGUCGUCAUUGGCCACGUAGAUUCGGGCAAGUCCACCACCACUGGCCAUCUGAUCUACAAAUGUGGUGGCAUCGACAAAAGAACCAUUGAAAAAUUUGAGAAGGAGGCUGCCGAGAUGGGAAAGGGCUCCUUCAAGUAUGCCUGGGUCUUGGAUAAACUGAAAGCCGAGCGUGAGCGUGGUAUCACCAUUGACAUCUCCCUGUGGAAAUUUGAGACCAGCAAGUAUUACGUGACUAUCAUUGAUGCCCCAGGACACAGAGACUUCAUCAAAAACAUGAUUACAGGCACAUCUCAGGCUGACUGUGCUGUCCUGAUUGUUGCUGCUGGUGUCGGGGAAUUUGAAGCUGGUAUCUCCAAGAACGGGCAGACCCGUGAGCAUGCCCUUCUGGCUUACACGCUGGGUGUGAAACAACUAAUUGUUGGUGUUAACAAGAUGGAUUCCACUGAGCCACCCUACAGCCAGAAGAGAUACGAGGAAAUCGUUAAGGAAGUCAGCACCUACAUUAAGAAAAUUGGCUACAACCCUGACACAGUAGCAUUUGUGCCAAUUUCUGGUUGGAACGGUGACAACAUGCUGGAGCCAAGUGCUAAUAUGCCUUGGUUCAAGGGAUGGAAAGUCACCCGCAAAGAUGGCAAUGCCAGUGGAACCACACUGCUUGAAGCCCUGGAUUGCAUCCUUCCACCAACUAGACCAACUGACAAGCCUCUGCGUCUGCCGCUACAGGACGUCUACAAAAUUGGUGGUAUUGGCACUGUCCCUGUGGGCCGAGUGGAGACUGGUGUUCUCAAACCUGGCAUGGUGGUAACUUUUGCUCCAGUCAACGUCACAACUGAAGUCAAGUCCGUCGAAAUGCACCACGAAGCUUUGAGUGAAGCUCUUCCUGGGGACAAUGUGGGCUUCAACGUCAAGAACGUGUCUGUCAAAGAUGUUCGUCGUGGCAACGUUGCUGGGGACAGCAAAAAUGACCCGCCAAUGGAAGCAGCUGGCUUCACUGCUCAGGUGAUCAUCCUGAACCAUCCAGGUCAGAUCAGUGCUGGGUAUGCCCCUGUGCUGGAUUGUCACACAGCUCACAUUGCUUGCAAAUUUGCUGAGCUGAAGGAAAAGAUUGAUCGUCGUUCUGGAAAGAAGUUGGAAGAUGGCCCUAAAUUCUUGAAAUCUGGUGAUGCUGCCAUUGUUGAUAUGGUUCCUGGCAAGCCCAUGUGUGUCGAGAGCUUCUCUGACUAUCCUCCUCUGGGUCGUUUCGCUGUCCGUGAUAUGAGACAGACGGUUGCUGUGGGUGUGAUCAAAGCAGUGGACAAGAAGGCUGCUGGAGCUGGCAAGGUCACCAAGUCUGCCCAGAAAGCUCAGAAGGCUAAAUGAAUAGUAUCCCUAAUACCUGCCACCCCAGUCUUAAUCAGUGGUGGAAGAACGGUCUCAGAACUGUUUGUCUCAAUUGGCCAUUUAAGUUUAAUAGUGAAAGACUGGUUAAUGAUAACAAUGCAUCGUAAAACCUUCAGAAGGAAAGGAGAAUGUUGUGUGGACCAUUUUUUUUGUGCGUGGCAGUUUUAAGUUAUUAGUUUUUAAAAUCUACUUUUUAAUGGAAACAACUUGACCAAAAAUCUGUCACAGAAUUUUGAGACCCAUUAAAACAAAGUUUAAUGAGAAACCUGUGUCGUCUUUUGGUCAAUACUGGACCUGUCAAAAUGUGUUCCAGGUUUUUGUGAUUCGAAUCAGCUGGAAUUUUAAGCUAAAACUCCAUGGGUUAGGGAUCUUUUUUGCACCUGUUGCUUGUUUUAAGCUGUGGGGAGGGCUGUUGGCAGCCCUGCUGGUUAGAACUGUUAACAUGUAAUUUAGUUUAGAAAGCAAAAUUCUGUAAUCUUAAGGGAUGAAAUGUUGCAUAUAAAAUUGUGUAGCUACAAGUAAAUUUGUUAGAAUCAUUAAAUUUUGGUUUCCAAGUUA